CUCGGCCCCAAGUUACUCUCCAACGUAGGUGAGACUAGAAUACGAAGAUUUUUGUGGAAUGAGCGCAUGUGCAAUGAAUCAGCUAUUGACGUGACAGAAUUGAUUGUUAUUAUAUGAGUUAAGCAACCUUAGGCAAAGACUGGGUUUAUUUUUCAUCAUUUUAGUAUUGCAAGUUUCAUUUUCGUUAUGGAGUUGACGUACUCUGUUUCUCGUGUUUCAAAUGACAAAGAUCAGAUACUCGGCCCUCAGGUAUUCCAUCUAGCCUGGGCAGUUACCCUUUCACAGUAUCUCAGUACAACAUCAGUUCAUUUCAGCAGCAUUGACCCAGAUGCAGCUGAGAAAACUCCAGCACCAGAGCCAUGGUAUAUUGGCCUCCAACUUGAGAACACCGUUGCUCAGGAAUACCAAAAGUUCAAAAUAAAAACCAAUGGUGUAGAGCAGAGCGACCAAGACCGUUCCGCAACUACAGGCUUGGAUCGCGAAACCUUGCUUGUUGUUGGGGCUACCGAGACAGACUUUUCUGUGAAAGACUAUUCACCCAUUGUAUUCGGUCAAAUUAAAGAGAAGUCAAUCCACGUCAAAGCAAAAUUCGACCCUGCUGUCAUCACAAAAUGGCUCAUGUACAGAGUGCUGCGCCACUUUGCCUUUGUCAUUGAACACAUUUUGGCUGAACCAAAUUCGAAGUUGGAGAAGGUCGCGAUAGUCAACCCGGAUGAUGUGGCUCAACUCGCAGAAUGGAACAGGACUUGUCCUGCUCCCGUGCGUGAUUGCGUGCAUGAUAUUAUCGCUAAACAUGUUGAGACUCGUCCCGACUCUCCAGCCGUUUGCAGUUGGGAUGGCGACUUUACCUAUCAGCAGCUCGAUGAGUUAUCCUCUCGACUAGCUGUCCAUCUCCAAAGCCUCGGUGUUGGGCCAGAGGUGUUUGUUCCUCUAAUUUUCGAAAAGUCUAAGUGGAACAUUGUCGGCACACUGGGGGUUAUCAAAGCGGGCGGUAUCUUCACCCCGUUAGAUCCCAAACACCCAGUUAAGCGACUCCAAGACAUCUGUCAGCAGACAAAGGCGAAGGUCAUUGUUACUUCCAACCAGUACAAGUCCCUUGCAUCAGCCCUGACGGAAAAUGCAAAUGUGGUUGCAGUAGGAGAGUGGGAGUCUGCGUGGUGCCACAAUCCUGGAGAUUAUGUCAGUUCUUCAGUCAGCCCAGACAACGGCUUAUACUCCAUAUUCACCUCCGGUACCACAGGUAAGCCAAAAGGAGUUGUAAUUGAGCACCUCACAUGGUGCUCAGGCAUCGGUCCUAUGAUGGAUCGCAUGGGAUUAUCGCACGAAUCUCGCGCGUACCAAUUCUCGUCUCAUGCCUUUGAUGUCAGUGUUUCCGAUAUCUUAGCUACUCUAUGCGCUGGUGCAUGUAUCUGCAUUCCAUCAGACCUCGAGAGAACCAGCAAUCUGGUUGAGUCUGCCAAUCGCAUGAAAGUGACUAUUUGCACCAUGACACCAUCCGUGGCUAGGCUUUUCAGACCUGCAGAUGUUCCAACUCUCAAGCGCAUGGUUUUCUGUGGCGAAUUAAUGACUCCAUCUGAUUUGGAAAUCUGGAGACCAGUACUACGAAAUUUGUAUGGGCCUGUCGAAACCACUGUCUUCUGUACAGGACAGGUUGGAUUGAUUCCCACUCAUCGUAAUAUUGGCUACGCAUUUGGCUCUGUGUUCUGGGUCGUCGAUCGUAACGAUCACCGAAAGCUUGCACCCAUUGGCUCCGUUGGGGAGAUCCUGAUAGAAGGUCCUAUGGUUGCUCGUGGGUAUCUCAAUGACCCAGAAAAAACGGCCAAUUCAUUUGUCGAGCCUCCAGAGUGGAUUCGCCAAUUCCGCAAGGAUGGUGGAUUUCGGCGGUAUCUUACAGGAGAUUUAGCGCGUUACAACGAGGAUGGAACUCUAGAGUUCCAAGCUCGCAAAGACACUCAAGUCAAAUACCACGGCCAGCGAAUCGAGCUCGCAGAGGUUGCCAAGCACACCCACACCAGCUUCGAAGACGCUCAAGAUGUGGUUGUGGACAUGGUUUCUCUACAGGCAAGAGGUGGCCACGAUGUGCUUGUGACCUUCGUACUCCUUUCCAGCCUCAAAGAUGAAGCUAGCGAAACUUUCAUUCUCCCUGCUAGCACCACCUUCAGACAGAAGUGCCUAUCCGCAGAAACAAAGCUACGAGAGUUUGUGCCAUCAUAUAUGAUCCCGAGCGUCUACAUUCCUGUGUCACGUAUGCCUUUGACUUCAAAUGGUAAAAUAGACCGUCGAGUUUUGAAGGAGGUGGCUUUAGGGCUAUCUUCAGGACAGCUGGAUUCAUACACGACUGCCAUACCAUCUCAACUGGCUGAGCCCUCAUUCCGCCAACCUGUCACUGAGAAGGAAAAGACAUUCCAAAAGCUCGUUGCAGAGGCAUUGAACCAAGACUUCAAGAGUAUCGGUAUGGAUGACAGCUUCUUCCACGUCGGCGGUGAUUCUACUACAGCAAUGAAACUCGUCGUCCUUUCUCGACAGGCAAAUAUCCAUUUCACCGUGCCUGACUUGAUUACCCGACCCAAACUAAGUGAGCUUCUCGCUUGGACAGAGAAGCAAAAUCUCGAGAGUAACGGCACCGGUAUACCAAAUGCCGCUAUUGUUCGAUCAAAACCUCAGCCGUUCUCCAUCUUGGGCGUCACGGACCCAGAAACAUUCUUCAAGGAUACACUUGCUCCCCAAAUUCGUUCCUUAUCAUUUGAUGAUGUAUUGGAUGUCUUCCCUAUGACUGAUAUGCAAAACCGAUUCUAUGGGCCGUGCAUAUAUCAUCAACUAUACCUGAAUGGUUCUGUGGACAAAGAGAGACUCAGAUCUGCCUGUGAACAAUUGGUAGAAGAGCGAGCCAUUUUGAGGGCCAUUUUCGCUUCUUACAAGGACUCCCUCAUCCAGGUCAUUCCCAAAAAGAGCUUCAAGAUCUCUUUCGUCGAGGAUGAAUGCGAGACCGAUCUUGCAGAAUAUGUCGGCGGCUUCUGCCAAACUGAUGUCGCAACUUCAUUGCAAGUCGGUGUCCCUCCCGUGAAAUUCAUUCUGGUCAGCAAGAGUGAAACAGAGCAUUGUCUAAUUCUUCGGAUUACACACGCUCAAUACGACGGGGUUACACUACCUAUCUUGUACCGCAGAAUCGCCAGUCUUUAUAACGGGCAUGUCGGUUCUGUAACCACCGACUAUCCUGAUUACCUCUACUCUACCUGGGCUCAGAAGGGCCCAGCGUCAUUUGAAAUUUGGAAGAACGUCCUUCAAGAUUCCUCCAUGACAUAUGUCGGAACUCAGGCAGACAUGAAGGACGCACAGCCCGCACUAUUGUACGGAGCUCGAGCUCUUCCCGUCCUGCAACCACCACUGGGGUUCACCCUCGCUACUGUUGUCAAGGCUGCCUGGGCAUUAACACUUUCCGAACACGCAAAGACAUAUGAUAUCGCAUUCGGUCAAAUGGUUAAUGGCCGCGGUCUCAACCUGCCCGGAAUUGAAGACGUUCUAGGACCCUGCUUCAACACGAUCCCAGUCCGUAUCGCUCUGCAGCCAACUUGGACUGGACUUGAACUGCUCCGAUACGUGCAGAAUCAGCACCUUCAAACUAUGCCUGUAAGCUCAAUUGGAUUCGAGGAUAUCAAAACAAACAGCACGUCCUGGGAUGCUGCAACCCCGUCGGCGACCAACGUCGUGCACCAGCACUUUGAACAUUUAGAAGAGCUCUCUAUCGAUGAACGUCUACAAUGCACAAUUAAAGAGUUCUUCGUUCCCCAGGUUCCACAGGAAGUUGUCCUAUACUCUGAGCCCAAAGAAACCCAUUGGGAAUUGGCAUUGGUCACCUCAGCGCCUGUGAUGGAUGCACAGGCUUUCGAUGGACUACUAGGAACGGCUGCCGACAACAUUCAAAGUUUGAUCGCGCAGCCAAACAAGCUUCUUGCUGACUACGGCAGCGAAGCCAGCAACUAGAUGAUCUCAAGCCGUUGAUCUCCUCUCUUUCCUUUUCACUUUGCUUUUUGGUCCUAUAUAUUUUACUAGUGUUGUCGUUUUUCUUUUUUCUUGUUGUUCACGUCUUUCGGUGCAGCUAGUUCAGUGAUUGAAUAUUGCAGAAUUUAAAUAGCAGAAUAAACACUUUCUACUUUGUUAA